CUUCUCUCUAACCGCCGCUACGGCUUGUCCAGUCGUCGCCGGCGGCCGGCGGGGAGCACGCUUCGUGCGACGCUCGGAACUGAGCCUAGAGAGAGAAGGCAUCGGUGUCGGGCCGCCCAGGCGGAGGGAUCUGGCGGCGGCGCCCGGCGAUCCCCGUCGUCCCCGGCGGCCGCGGCAUGGACAGCCCCAGGAGGAGCGCGGCCGCGGUGGCCUUGCUGCCCGACGACGCCAUCGUGGAGAUCCUCUCCCGCGUCCCCGCCAGAUCCCUCUGCCGGUUCCAGUGCGUGUCCAAGGCCUGGCGCGACCUCAUCGCCGAUCGCCUCCGCUGCAAGAAACUCCCCCAAACCCUCGAGGGCUUCUUCUACGCCUACGACGGCGACGACAACAAGAUACAAGGCUGCAACAGUAGCGAUGAUGGCGGUGGUAAGGGAAACGGCGGCGGCGAGAGCUCUGAUCGCGUCACCCAUGGGCACUUCAUCAACACAUUGGGUAGAUCUGUGCCCCUCGCUUCCUACUCCUUCCUGCUGGAGCAGCCUGGAAUUGAGGCCAUCGGUCUCAUGCGUUCCUGCAACGGCCUCCUCCUCUUCGGGCACAGAAUGGCUGGAGACACCUAUGAGUCACUGGGCUAUAUUGUGUGCAACCCCGCCACUGAGCAAUGGGUGGCUGUGCCCAGCUCCGGCUGGGAACCUUUAUUGCCAUCCGAUGAGAGCGAGGACUACUCUGAAACUGGAUAUAACUGCCCUCCUUUCACCUAUUUGAUUUUCGACCCUGCUGUGUCCUCGCACUUUCAGUUGGUCCAGUUCUGGACGUACGAUGAUGUAUUCGUGGAAGAGGUGCACACUUACUCGUCUGAAACUGGGGUAUGGUCUGAGGGGACAAGUGAGUGGAGUUCAGAUGGGGGCUUCUUCUCAUUCUACGCAGAAAGCGCCUUCGUUCAUGGCAUGCUGCAUUUCAGUGUCACCCGCUUUGGUGGGGAAGGGAGCAAGUGUCGCCAGGAGCAAAUAGUUGCAGUUGAUGGGGAAGGGAAGAAGUGUAGGAUCAUCAGCAUGCCGGAGAAGUCUAGUGAUGUGGUUUUUGUUGGUCAAUCCCAAGGACAGCUGCAUUACAUGAGUCAACACAGAGACAACACUCGCCAGAUGACUGAACUGUCCAUUUGGGCUCUUCAGGACUACGGUACAGAAGAAUGGGUUCUGAAGCACAGUGCGUCCUUUUUGCAGCUGUUUGGAAGAACGAGUUGCCAAGUUGAACAUGACUACAGUGUGGUUGCCAUUCACCCGGACCACAAUAUGAUCUUCUUUGUUCAGCACUGGGACUUGAAACUGAAAUCAUAUGACAUGGAUACCAAGGAAGUGUGCACUCUCCGCACUCUAAAGGUUGGCUGUCAGAAUAUUUUACCAUAUGUUCCCUAUUUUACGGAGUCAUCAGCAUUUGCUAGUAAGCACUGAAAUUGUGCCUUGUGAGGUACUAGUCAAAUUUGAUGUUCCAAGUAAUGUGUUCUAGCACAGCAGCAUCUAGCAACAUAAAUAUAUCUGUAGAAUUAGGUAAUGUGUUCUGAUGGUGCUUCGAUGUAUUACUGCUCAUGCAUUUUGUGUGCUGGAUACUGCAAACAAAUACUCGAGGCAUGCGUCUAAGUUACCAUUGCAUAUGUAUGCUAUUGCCUAAGUUGCAGAAUGUAUGAUGUUUGAACUUCAAGUUCCUAAGCUCUGUUUUUCCUGCUUCUAGAAUCAUAAUGGCUGUAGAACUUUCUUCA